UCAGAGAGCAAAUUUCGGAGCGAGAUGAGAGGGCUUCGCUGUUCAAACCAAUUAUAAAAUCCACCGAGCUUAAAUCUGUUCCUCCUCCCCUCCCUUCCCACCAUCGUCGUCUUCUUCAUCUCGAGUUCCUUCUCCUCUUCUUCUCUCUCUUUGUCCCUUAGUUCUUUUUCUCGGAGGUGUUGAAGAAUUCGAGGAGGAGAGAGAAUGGGGGGUUGCGCCACCAAGCCCAAUGUACUGAAGGAGGAGGGCGAAGCUCCUAAGCCCGUCGAGGAUGUUGCCGCUGCCGCCGCCGUCGAUGAUACGUCGAAGGAUGUGUCCGCCGGAGAGGAGAAUUUGGAGGAGGUCGCGGAUGGCCGUAAAUCGCUUGGCAAUUUCUUCAGCGAGAAAGAGGCCGAAGAGAACACUGUAACCGUUAGCGGUGAGAAGCCUGCGGAAGAGAAGGAAGAUGCCAAGCCGGAGCAGCAGGAAGAGAAGAAGGCCACCGAGGCCUCUGAAGUCCAGGCUGAUGCUGCUGCUGCUGCUGCUGAUGAGGAGAAGCAAUAAAUAAUGAAAGAGCUUGAAAAGGCUCUGUAAUAUUUGAGCUAUGAUUAAUGAUAUUUAUGAAUAUAUUUUUGUGGGGUUGAUUUGAUUGCAUUUCUUUGAAUAUCAUUCAUAUAUUUAUGUGGAUUAAUUGAUUCAUUAUUUGGACUAAUUAUUUAUUUCUAUGGAUUAAGAGUUUA